GAGUUAUCAUGGAAGAAAAUAUUUUAAUUAAAAAGUUUGCGACUGUUUCAAAUGAGGCCCUAAAUACAAAAGCACAACUUGAAAAUGGGGAUGCCGGUAGCAUUAAGGACCAUACAAUGAGAAAGUGCAAAGCAUGUAUGGACAGUGACCAUGGCAUAUGUACGCUUGAAUUUAAGGAACAGCAAUCUAUACUUUUUGAUUUUGAUGGAGUACAAAGCCUUGGUUUAAAGCCAGAUGAAUCCUGCUUCUCUAUCUAUCUAUAUGACAAAGAUGACGAAUCAACCCAAAUGAAAAUCAAAGAGAAAUAUCCUCAGCAUAAGUUUAACUUUCUAGCAGCUCUGACAACAAAGUCUUUUUCAUUGGGACACAUAGGAAUAGAAGAAAAAAUUGGCACACCAACAAUGGGCACCCUAGGUGGGCACAUCAGGUUAAAUUCAGACAUAUAUGGAUUGACAUGUCAUCACGUUGUAAAGGAUGCGUCUCAUGGACAGAACGUUGGAGUAUAUAAAAAAGAACAAGCUGGAUUAACAUGGACCCCAAUUGGUACAUUGGAAUGUUCCCUUGCAUUUGAUCCUCAUGAAAGACAAGUGGAAACAUACGAUAUUGCACUUAUUAAGAUGACACAAUCUCACAAUCAGCAACCUGAUGACUGCAGAAGUUGUGAAAUGGCAACAAUAGAUGAUUUGAAACAUCGAAGAGAUGAAAUUCAAGAAAUUGGUGACAUAAAAGUGCAGAAAAAAGGAUCUAUGACUGGUGAAACAGAAAGUAUAGUAGCACAACUUGAUUUCUCCGGCAAGAUAACUUACAAAGAAAAUGGCAAGGAUAAAUGCGCUGUGCUUUUAAAAGCCAUUCAGAUAAAGAAUGAUGGCCAAACGCCCUUUGCUAAACAAGGCGAUAGUGGAUCAAUUGUAUACCAUCGUGAUGAGAGUAAAAAAUUAGUCAUUGGGAUGUUCUAUGCUCUCGAAACAACUAGAGAAGGAGAGAAGUUUGCUUAUGCUUUCCCAUUGCAGAAUGCUUUUGAGAAGUUAAAGGGUUUGUACCCAGACAUUUUGGGAGAUGCUACAUUUGGACCAAAUGGAAAUGUUAAGUUUACAUGCCAUGGUGAGAUAUGCCAAGAGGCUAUGACAAUAUAGACAACAUAGACAUAGUAUGAUGAAGAGC